AUGUAUUGUUUCACAUCUAGAUUGGAGACCCUGCAGAGGCAUCAUCCCUUCUCUGGACAAGAGGGACUACAAGAACUUAAGAAAAUGUCAGUAAGGUUUGAGGAAAAGAUUUAUACUGCUGCCACAAGCCAGUCGGAUUAUCUGAGAAAAAUAUCUCUUAAGAUGCUGACAAUGGAGACAAAUUCCCAAAACCCUGUGGGCAAUUCCCUGCAGUCCAACUAUGGCCGUAAUUGCGAAAAAACCCCAGAUCCAGAUAGUAACGUUGGAGAUUCAUCCCUCACAACUCUUACUGAGGCAACUAACAAGGACAACGAUGGCGAUGAAUUGGGUCUUGAUUUGAAUCUAAAGCUUUAUUUUUUCAUUUUCAAAUCUAAUAUGUGCUUGAUGUGUUAGGUAUGAGAAAGUUAAUCUUCACAUUUUCUUGAAUGAAUUUUGGAUUUCACAUUAUUAUCUAAAUCUUGUUUGUUUGAUCUUAUACUGUUUCGUUUUUUGUUUCAUAGAUGUUUGCUCUAAUUCAAAAUUCCAAAUAUGGUCUUGUUGAAAUCAUGUGAGACCAUCCAAAG